AUGAAAAUAGCUGUAGAAGUCAAAAAUAAAUGGGGCAUUAUCAUAGGAAGCGUUGCUGCUCCGGCAAGAGAGAAUGCACAGUAUGCUUCCUGGAGGCGUUGCAAUCUUAUGGUGUGUGCCUGGAUCUUUAAAUCGGUACACAUCUCCAUCGCACAGAGCAUCAUGCACUUAGAUAGAGCCAAGGAAGUUUGGGAAGACUUGGAAUGGAGGUUCGCACAAUGCGACGCACAGAAGAUUUCGGCAUUACAGAACGAGAUCUUCAACCUACAACAAGGGAAUCGGACGGUAAAUGACUACUAUACAAAAUGUCACACUCUUUGGGAAGAGAUGAAUGCGCUUAUACCUUUCCCUAUUUGUAAAUGGAAUCCGAAGUGUUCAUGCAAUUUGGUUGACGAAAUACGCAAGGAGCGAGAUACAGACCAAGUUAUACGGUUCCUGCAAGGUCUUGGAGAUGAUUACAAUAGCCUGAAAUCCAACGUCUUAGUCCUAGAUCCCCUUCCUGAAGUCUAUAAGGUAUUUGUGAUGGCAGAAAAGUUGGAGAGACAAAUUACUCUCACAAACAUGAACCUGAACAGCAUUGAUUUAAGCCAAGAGAACGCAGUGCAACAUGAGCAAGGGUUUAUGAAUGAGAUAGUAGCAGCUGUGAAUUCCUACAAUGCUAAGCGUAAUGCAAGCACUAACAGAGGAGCAAACGUACAUUCUGCGGGAUGA